AUGAUUGCCGGAAAUUGCUCAACCUCGGCAGCACUGUGUGUUCAAUUCUUAUCUCAUCUGGCAAAUGUUGUUGUGGACAAUGCAAUGCAAGGAGUUGUAGCAAAUGGUUCUGAAGUAUAUUAUCAGAAUCAACAAAUGCCGCCUCGUUUUCGUACCUUCUCAACGUUGCCAUCCUAUCCUGCAAUUCCUCCUCGUUUCAGCUCUUAUAACACUGCUGGCGCAAACAUGAAAGGACUGAACUCUCUCACUUUACAUCCUGGAUCUUAUGAACCAUAUCUCGCACCAAACAGUUAUCGUUUGUACAGCAUGCGUUUCUGUCCAUUCGCUGAAAGAACCGUCAUUUAUCUAGCCAAGAAAAAUAUUCCUAUCGAGGUCGUGAAUGUUAACCCAGACAAGGGUCCAAGCUGGUAUCUGGCCAAAUCACCUCUAGGACGUGUUCCAGCCUUGGAAGUCAACGGACAAGUGAUCUGGGAAUCGAAUGUUAUUGUGGAGUAUUUGGAUGAAGUAUUCCCCUCAACAUCAAUUCUGCCAAAGGAUCCAUAUGAGAGAGCUCAUCAAAAGAUUUUGCUCGAACGUCUCUCACCUUUGAUGAACGUCCUCUUCGACUUUUUCCGUAGUUCCGCUCCUGCUGCUCAAAGAGAAACAGAUAAAAACUUGCAUGCUGCCCUCCGCAACGCGGAAAGCCUGCUCACAGAUAGUUUUUAUGGAGGAAGAUUCCCAGGAUAUUCUGAUUAUAUGUUGUGGCCCUUCUUGGAACGCUUAGAGCUCCUCACUCUGACAUCAACAAGCCAGUUCAGAUAUUUCCCUGGCCUUCAUUAUCCAAAAAUGGGCGCUUACAUUGCCCGUAUGCAAGCUCAGCCUGAGGUCAAGUUCGCUAUGAGACCACUCUAUCAUCACAAGGGAUACGUAGAUUCAUAUUCAUCCGGCCGACCAAAUUAUGAUUAUGGAAGUUUCACUAGUGCCCCAACCCAUAUGGGAUGA